AUGGCGCGCGUUUGGCGUCGAGUGUCGUGGGCAUUGGAUAUAUACCGCGAGCUCCUGCCGCUGCCCAAGGCGACCGUCCCUGGAGGCUGCCGGGAACUGUGCUCCUUCCUGCCUGCGCCUGGACUGCCGGCCGUCGACGGCGUCGGCGUGCAUCGACUGGAUGCCGCGGAUGGGGCGGGUGGCGUCCACGACCCAUGCCAGAUACGGCGCAUGGGGCGGCGCGCGGCCGCAUCCGAAAAAGGAGAAGGCGUUCGGUGGCCGCAAGCAGAGGGUAGCCGGCGUCAGAUCAUUUUGGAGGAUGCGGGUGAGCUGACGACUCCGUCUGCCAAGGUCUCGCCCUCCAAGGCGGCCAAGGCAUUGGCGAGCGAUGAUGCGGGCGCCGACAAGAAGCUUACGAAGCGCAUUGUCGAGGUGGCGGCUGAGGCCGAAGAGAGGGCCAAGCAGCGGUUCCAGCAAGGCGUGCCGAGGACCCGCUCGGAGCGGAACGCAGCGCUGUCUGAGGCGCUCGACGUGUACAAGUCGUUGUUGAAGGACCACAGGUUCUCUUCGAGGAGCAUUGCCGUUCUCGCACACAGGAUCGCGACGGUGGCCGCAGCGGCGGAAGCGGAGGAAUGGGUUGCCGCCCAAGACGACGUGAUGCAGCCCCUUAUGCAGAAGCUCAUAAAUUUGGCUGAUGGAGUCUCAGCUGGUGGAUUUGGCGAUGUUUUGUGGGCCCUUGGCAAACUUGGUCUGCAGGCAACUGACACAACCCUACCUAUUGGGGAUGUCGUCAAUGCCUUGCUGAAGAAAGGCACAGCCCGAGUUCGUGAACUUGAUGCAGGGCAUAUUGCGAUCGUGGCAUGGAGCUUGGGCCGGUUGAGAGUAUCAAACAUCCAAGAUUUUGUUGAUGCAAUGUCCUCCAGGGCAAUUCGGAAAAUGAUGACAUUUUCACCCAAAGACCUGGGAAUUGCACUGGAGGGGCUUGGCCAACUUGGCUGCACAGACAAACUGACAUUGUGUGUGACAGCAAGUAACGCCAUUGACAGCUGGCCAGUGGACCAAGACGUGGAUGCUCAUGCAUGCAAGUCAAUAAUAUGUGGCUUUGCUGCAGUAGGCUCGCCUGUCAGUCCACAACUCAUAACUACCCUGGCACAGAAAUUUGCUGCUGAUUUGCCAGCAGUGACUGCAGGUGCAACUGGUGCAGGUGUUUGA